AUGGGAUGGGAUGACCCCAUACCUGCUCAAAGCCAAAAGGAGUGGAAAGCAUGGCUAGCCGAUUUGUCUGGAUUGGAAAACAUCCGGAUCCCACGGUGUUUAAAACCCAGUAAUUUUGGAGAAGUAACCAACGCCCAAUUGCAUCAUUUUGCCAAUGCCAGUCUACAUGGAUAUGGUACAGUUACAUAUCUUCGUUCACAAAAUACAGCCGGAAAUAUCCAUGUCGGUUUUGUGACAGCUAAAGCCAGAGUAGCUCCAUUGAAACCACACACAAUAGUAAAAUUGGAAUUGACAGCAGCUGCAUCUGCUGUACGUCAGGAUGAUCUAUUACACAGAGAGAUGACGAUUAAGUUGCAACCAUCAAUAUUCUGGACAGAUAGCCAAACUGUCCUAAAAUACAUAUCAAAUGAGAAGUCUAGAUAUCCUGUGUUUGUGGCUAACCGCGUUGCAGUUAUUCGUGAUGGAUCAACAUUGGAAGCAUGGCGAUAUGUGCCAGGAAAACUUUAUCCUGCCGACCAUGCAUCCAUGGGACUUAAGGCACAAGAUCUGAUGAGACAUAAGGAAUGGAUAUCAGGGCCGGAUUUCUUGGCUAUGAGCCAGAAGGAAUGGCCUGUUAUGGAAGAUAUACCACCAAAUGGCGAUACAUCGCACAAUGACAUCCAGGAAAGCCAGUGCAACGCAAUUGGAGUAAGCGAAGCAAUAUGUCAAUAUGACAGUCUUUUGAAUAGAUUAAUACGACACUACUCCGAUUGGACAAAAUUGAAGAGGGCUGUGGCAUACUAUAUCAUUCUAAAAGGCAUGCUCCGAAAGGUGAAGGAAAGUCACCUACUUACGGCUAGGAAGCUGGAGGUAGCUGAGAUUGCUAUAAUCAAAUAUAUACAAACCACAAAUUUCCCUCAAAAGGAAUUGGGUAAAGGCAGCAAUCUAACUAAACUAAACCCUAAACUAAAUGAGGGAAUUCUAAGAGUUGGGGCAGAAUCGAAAAUCCACCCAUUCCCGAAAAUAUGA